CAUUCUUCAACGGUAACAAACCUACUCUUGACGAAAAUGAUGAGAACAUUUCAAGAUGGCUAGUAGUAAUCACUCGGCCUGCAGGAAUGAGUUUUUCAAGGAGCUGAAACCACGAUGCGUCGCCAUCAUCAAUUUGGCCGUUCGUGCGCCCGACAAGAGAGCGAGCGCGAAAGAACUACUAGGCUUGGUGGAAGACCUCUAUUCUAUUCUAGAUCGCCAAGUAAAUGCCGAUGCCUCUGUGUUAGAUGAGAAGCUUGCUGAAUAUGUCUUCUUCCCACUGUCCAACAUUCUGCUCCAUCAGCAGCAGUAUCCUAUCCGACUGACGGAGCUCACUAUCAAAUGCCUACGGGUGUUAAUUCAGCAUGGAUGGAAGGUUAAGAUCUCACAAGAUCUUUCUCAGCAGCUUCUCAUAUUCCUUACCUUCAUCAUCGGUGGUGUUCCUGGACAAAAAAGAAAGGACCCUAUUCCGGAAGAAACCGAAUUAGAGGCAUUCAUGACCUUAACCUCAUUGAUUCAAGCCGCUGGAUCCUCGUCAAUCGGAGCAGCAGCACUUGUAGAAACGAAUGCUGUACCUGCUUUAGGUCAUGCUGUUACCAUCGUACUUGAUGGUGUUACGGAGGGGAGAACGCCCGAUAUUCGUCUUGAGGCGCUGAAGACGCUAGAUGCACUUUUGGUCGCAAUCAGGGACCAUGCCGCAUUAGCCACUUUCUUACCCGGAAUAGUGUCAUCCCUAAGCCAACUUCUUACACCUCCCACCUCGUUAAAAAAUCAGAGAAGAGUCUUAGUUAGUGGCAUUAAUGCUUUGCGAGAUGUCCUCACGAAGGUCCUAGGAGAUAUAAAAGUAAUGGGAAUAGUUAAGGGGAAGGCCUCGGUGAAAAAUGAAAGUGGUAGCGAGAGUGGCGUUCUAACAGCUUCAUGGUUGAAAGCAACUACGGCCAAGAUAAAACUUGCUCUUUCAAGCGUUUUAAAGCUACGAAAUGCUGAUUUAGACGACGUUCGAUCUGCCUUAGAAAGGUUAUGUAUCACUCUAUUGGACGAAUGCCACCAUUCCCUUACAGACUGUACAUCGAUACUAGUCGAGAGUGCAAUGAUUCUCGCCGAUGACGAAAACGAGAAAUCCGUACUCGAGACGAGUUUGACUGAUCUCGCUAGAAUCUAUCCAGAAUUCACAGAUACGAUUAAGACUGCGAUAUAUAACUGGGUGACGAGCCUUCCUCGAUUGAUGCAAUCCAGUGAUAAUAAGGUCAAACAACAAGCCAUCCGGAACCUCAUGAAAGGUCAACAUUUCAUCACGACCCUUCAGAUUGACUCGUCCAUCCUAGAUGACUCAUUGGCUGCGUCUCUAAGGGACAGCGCCACCGCGCUUAUCCUUGCAUCAAAGCCCACUACUAUGUCGGAGCUUCCUUCGAACGCCAUUGAGUUGGAUAUGAAUUUGGCUAGACGUGAUGGACCCAAUACCUUCCCAGCUGUACUAAUUGCGCAGGAAACAGAGCGGUCUACACGAACGGCGCUUCUGGAAUUUUUGUCAAAGGUUGGAUCUAUUUCUCAACAAACUAAACUAGCAGACGACCUGCUCAACUAUGCCCGAGAAUUUACUGGACCAAGUCAGGUUGCCUCAUAUUGGAUGGCUUUCGAGCUAGUGAAGUCAAGUUUAUCUCAACAUUCAGAUCUCGACGAUUUCCUCGACCUAAGCUCCGCGACAGGUCCACCGGAGGAGAGCGAGUCUAUAUUCGAAGAACUAUAUUCCUUCUCGGUCGCUAUUCUAGAUUCACAGGAUGAGUCAGAAGAUAUUGACUGGCGACUGCAGGCACAGGCUUUAGAAGUUACGACGUUUGCCGCGUCGAGAAUGAAGGAAAGCUUUCGCCCAGAACUAAUUGAUGUGCUGUAUCCAAUUACAACACUUCUAGGCUCAGGGGUUCCAAAACUGCGCGAUCAUGCGAUCAUUAGUCUCAACAAUAUCGCUGCCUCGUGCGGAUACUCUAGCGUUACGGACUUAAUCAUUGACAAUGUUGACUACAUGGUCAAUUCAGUAUCCUUGCGUUUGAACACGUUUGAUAUAUCUCCCGCGUCGACUCAAGUUCUGCGGAUGAUGGUAAAACUUACUGGUCCACGAUUGAUACCAUACCUUGAUGACGUGAUUGCCUCGAUAUUCGCGGCUCUUGAUAAUUACCAUGGAUACCCUCUUUUCGUGGAAAGUCUGUUUAGUGUCCUUACGGAAGUGGUGCAGCAAGGAUCACAAUCUGAUCAUUUGCUGCUAGAAGCGGUAAAGUCGUCGGCAAAAGAUCAUCGGAAAAACUUACAACCUGUUGUCACAACCGAAGAUAUCGAGUCCAUUCUCUCUAGCCGUAUCGAAAGACGGCAUAAACAACAGUUAGAAGAGGUAGAGGUGGAGGAGAUUGGGCCUCAUCCGAAACAUCCUUGGAAGGGAAAGGAACCAGUUGAGACCCAAGACGAGGAUGAUGAACCUGGCGCCGAAGUCAAUAAACCACCACCACCUAAAACACCCACUUUCAAGAUCCUCGCUCGCAUCACCGACCUAACGCAACAUUACCUUACAUCACCGACCCCCACAUUACGAAAGUCACUACUCGAUCUCUUGGCAACCGUCUGCCCGGCACUAUCACCCGACGAGGAAGCAUUCCUACCCCUAGUCAACUCCGUCUGGCCAGUCCUAGUCGAGCGGCUGUACGACUCAGAGCCGUUCGUAGUCACGUCGGCAUGUAAAGCCCUAGCCGCGCUAUGCCAGAGCGCCGGGGACUUCCUCAACACACGGAUCAAGACGGAAUGGUGGGACAACCUCGGCAAGUGGUGCCGGAAAGUCAAGGCGGACGCAGCUCAAGCGAAUAGUAAAAGGAGAGUCGUCGAGACCAGAGGUAGUAAACUAGACCAAGGCCUGCUGAUCCCCAUCCGUUCCCGGAACGGCAUCGAGGGGAGAGAGGUAAGCAAGGCUACAGACGUCGUUUCGAGCGCGGGGUUAGGCAGGUUUACGCAGGCGGUUCGCGUUUGGGAGGCGGUGCAGGAGCUCCUGGUUGCUGUUGUGUCGUUUGUUCAGAUCGACGACGACGUGUUCGAUCAGAUCCUCCUGCUGAUGGCGGAUUCCCUGCCGACGAAUGCCGAGGCUCGGGCCGCGAUGGAGGCGGUUGAUCCUGAUGCUGUGUGGUUGCUGAUGUGUGAGAAAGGGAUGGUCGAGCCGAUGGAGAGACCGGUCCUUGCCGGGGUUACAUUCGUUGAUGUUUGGGGAGGCUAGUGAUUUGGGGAUGUCGAGCUAACGUACAUACAUACGUAUGGGUAUGCUUGAGUUAGGCUGGCAUGUAGGUGGUUAUGGCAUAGGGUCGUAGUUGGGCGCCGUAUUCAUACAUGCAUUCCUACAUAGGAAUCUUCUAGUGUAUGACCUUCACACUAGGCAA